AAAACACUUCCUGGUAAGCUGUAUGUUCAUGUCAGAGAAGGAUAUCAUAAAGUGAUAGCAGCGUUGUCUGAUGUGGAGCAGGAUAUUGGGGCCUAGGGUGAUUGGUAGAACAGCUUUCUAUUGGAGGAGUCUCUUCACCAUGCAGUUGAAGACCAGUGAGUUCCAGUCUCUGUUCACCGAGGGGCUGAAUGGACUGGCAGAGUUGUUUGGGAAGCACCAGCAUGAGCUGAGGAUAGCUGGAGGCGCGGUACGGGAUCUGCUGUCCGGGAAGCGGCCUGAAGAUGUGGACUUUGCCACCACAGCAACUCCAGAGGAGAUGAAGCAAAUGUUCCAGAAAGCUGGCAUCAGGAUGAUCAACAAUAAAGGAGAGCAGCAUGGGACCAUCACAGCAAGACUACAUAAUGAGAACUUCGAGGUGACCACGUUGCGAGUGGAUGUUCAGACGGAUGGACGUCACGCAGAGGUGGAGUUCACCACGGACUGGCAGAAAGACUCUGAGCGCAGAGACCUCACCAUCAACUCCAUGUUUUUAGGGCUUGAUGGCACAUUAUACGACUAUUUCAAAGGAUACGAAGACCUGCAGGACCGCAAAGUCCGCUUUGUUGGCAGCGCUGAAAAAAGAAUCCAAGAAGACUACCUGAGAAUACUGCGCUAUUUCAGGUUCUACGGCAGGGUGGCUCGGGAGCCCGACAGUCACGAGCCAGGCGCGCUGGUCGCCAUUCGGGAAAACGGUCGUGGCCUUGCAGCUAUAUCUGGAGAACGCAUUUGGGUGGAGUUGAAGAAGAUGGUUGUUGGAAACCAUGCGGAUCAUCUGCUAGAGCUGAUGUACAGUCUGGAUCUGGCCCAGUACAUAGGUUUGCCUCCAGAUGGCAACGUGGAGGAAAUGAAGCGAGUGUGGCAGAAGGCCAAAGACCACUCUCCAAAACCCAUGACCGUCCUGGCUGCUCUCUUCCGCCGCCCGGAGGAGGUGGAGAAGAUGGACCUCCGGCUGAAGGUGUCCAAGGAGGAGAAGACUCUGGCUCUGUUCCUUGUCAAAAACAGACUGGAGCUGUGCAAGAGCCGAGAGGAGCCGGACAGCCUCAAACCCUUCACAGACUUCAUCAUCGACAGUCGAGAGCUGGACACCCAGCAUAAAGUGUGUGAGCUGCUCAAGUAUCAGGGCGAGGACAAGCUGCUGGCAGAGCUCAGCAGGUGGUCCGUCCCUCGCUUCCCCGUCAGCGGUCACGACCUCCGGAGGAUGGGGAUCACGUCCGGCAAGGAGAUCGGCUCCACCUUGCAGGACCUCCGCGAAGUGUGGAAGAAAAGCGGCUAUCAGAUGGACAAAGAUGAACUUCUCAGUCACGUGAAAUCGUGAUCGAGGAGCAAAGCGGACGUGUUUUCUGUCCUGGUGCACCAUGAUGAUUUGAUUGCUGUAAUUGAUUGGUAUAGAUUGAGCUCAUUUCUUUUCGAGAAAGGACGCUGAAAGAAGUGUGACGAUCAGAGCGGCUGAUGAUUUCGUUCUAAAUUAUUCCACUUGAAGACCAUAUAUAGAGAUCCCCAACAUGUCUACUAGGAAAGUGCUUUUAUAUAAUGACAUAUAUAAGUUUGGUUUUGAUUGGCUCCUCUGUUGAACUGCACAUGUGUAUAAUUUCUUAAAAGAACAUGCUCUAUAAAAAGGUUGUAUUAUUUG